CUCCCCUCCUCCCUCGUGUUUCUCUCACCUCUCGCGCCGUUCCUCCUGCUUCCACGCCGCCGCCGCACAACCGCUCCGCCCCACCCCCCUGAAAAAGAAAGCCGCGCCACCACGACACCUUCUCCUCUGAAAAUCGUGGCUGCGGCGCCUCCUCUGUGAAUCGCGGUCGUAGCACCGCCUCUCUGUGAAUCACUGCCAUCUCUGAGAAUCGCGGCCCCCUCCCCCUAAUCUGCACCGCCGUCGUCCCCCUUGCCGGAGGCCCCCUCCCUCCGCCUUUGUCUCUCUCACCUUCACCUCCCCACCGCCGCCUCGAUUCUUAGCGCCACCGCCGGCUGACAUUCACCUUUGUCUUUUUCUCUCUUUUUUUCCUACUUAUGCACUUUUACAUUGUUACACACUUUUGGACAAUGUGUUAUGUGUGUACUAAUUCAAAAGGCAAAUGUUUGUAAUAAUAUAUUUUUUAUUGUAACACAUUAAAGAUAUUUUGAUCAGAAAUGAUUAGUAUUUCCAUAAUUUUGUUUGUAUGGCUAAAUUUACUAGGAUUAAAAGGUUUUGCCUAACCAUAUUAUAAGACAAUUUUUUUUUCAAAUGUGAGAUUGUGGCUACAAAUGGUUACGAUAUUAUCCCUUCACACUGUAAAGCAUAAGUGAUUUUGGUCACUGUUUCAACUGUCAACUGCUGACAACAAAGGAAAUGGAAGUCUCUCUCCUUCAGCAUCCACUCAAGCCCAUCUUCUUCCACCACUCUCUUCCCGCCGCAGGAAAGAGAUGCUCUUACAGGAAUACGACGUUGUUGGGGUGCCGCUGUUCGUCGUCAUCUUUGGAAUUGCACUUCCAGAAUGAGGGGCGGAGGGCGCUGCUGAGCUGUCUCCUUGCUGCAACUGCUGGGAUUUCGUUAUGUGAUGCAGCUGGUGCAGUGAGCACAAGUAAAAGAGCUCUGAGAGGAGCAAAAAUUCCUGAAAGUGAAUUCAAAACCCUCCCAAAUGGUCUCAAGUACUAUGAUUUGAAGGUUGGAGACGGAGUUGAAGCUGUGAAGGGAUCUCGGGUUGCAGUGCAUUAUGUAGCCAAGUGGAGAGGCAUCACUUUUAUGACGAGCAGACAAGGGCUGGGAGUUGGCGGUGGAACGCCGUAUGGAUUUGAUGUUGGUCAAUCUGAGAGAGGAACAGUGCUUAAGGGGUUAGACUUGGGAGUACAAGGCAUGCGUGUUGGAGGCCAGCGAUUGCUCAUUGUACCUCCUCAGCUAGCAUAUGGAGAUAAAGGUGUGCAGGAAAUUCCUCCUAAUGCAACUAUUGAGCUUGACGUUGAAUUGCUGGCUAUCAAGCAGAACCCAUUCGGGUCGGCUGUUAAAAUUGUUGAAGGAUGAUUGCAUCUUUGUUUCACUAUCAAUGGAUGUCGGAUUUUAAUUUCUUAAUGUUGUCUUCAUUCUUGCACCAAUUGUCUCUAUGUCAAAUAUGAAAAGCACUAUCGUCGAGUGUUUGCAAAAAAAUUAUGUAACUCACUUCCAACUUUAGUGUUUGGGUUUUUACCUUAUACGUCAACAAAUUUUUAUGAAGUCACAUUAGUGUUUUAAA